AUGCCAACCAGCACGUCUGCGCCUGAAAAAUCGAGACAGACCUCCGCUGGCAAGUCGUUCUUUGGGAGGAAAUUGCACAAAGAGAAAUCGGUAGACGAACGAUACGACUCGCAUGGCUCGCACGAUAGUCUGGCGCCUCCUGGGAGCUCCGCCGGCUCUCGCUCAUCCCGCCAUUCGAAACGCUCGUCGGUCCAGUCCGUGGACUCUCCCCACGAAUUCGAUCCCGCUGGCGUGUCCAUGACAGCUGGUGUCCUCACUUCGAUUCCCUAUGAGAGUUUGCCCGCCGAUACCAGGUCGCCUGUCCCUGUUGAUUACCUCUCGAGGCCCGACUCGUCGUCCCGUAAAGAGCCAUCGCCCAACCACCUCGCCAAGGGAAACAGCGACUAUCAUCAGUACCCGGCCUGGAACCCGGCCAGCGUUCCCAACAACAACGCCUCUUCACACCCAACCGGUCCUCGUCCACCCCCACAUGCCUCGAACGUGACCAUGGCGGGAAGUACUUCGGGGGAUAAGGGUGCUCGGUAUCAACAGUGGGGACGGCCGGGAAGUUCUGCCGCCAAUACUGGCUUUAGCCACAGCUCCUCCUCUACGCUCGAUUCUUCGGCGCAGUCGCGGCUGUCCUUUGACCAGCUUAGUGUCCAUUCGUCGAUGUCAUCUAACACCCGGGGUUCGAGCUAUUAUGCGUCGGAGAGCUCCUCGCGCACGCUUACGCCUUCACAUUCCGCCGAUCGCGCUACCUACGCAUCAAAUGGCAGCUCCGGCCGCCUGUCAAAUGCACAGGCAGCAUGGCAAUCAGCCCAGCCCGCUCAACCACCGAAAAUUCCUGUCAACCAGGAGCAAUAUCUCGCCCGACCGAGGGACGAUCGAGUCGUGGAUCAGCUGUUUAUCGAACUGAUGCAGAAGCGAGGAUGGCAGAACCUUCCGGAACAGGCUAAAAGGCAGAUGCUGGCAUAUCCGGCUUCGAAAAAGUGGACGUUGGUGCAUCAGGAUCGGUUGACAGAAAUACAAGGGGAACAGAAACGGCGGCAAAACGCUCGGCAGACCCACGGUCAUGAUGGACCCUCUGGGAUUCUGGAGCGCGCUGAUGAGGAGGGGAGCCCAGAGUGGUACGUGAAGAAAGUUAUGGACGAUUCAAUCACUUCGAAACAGCUGGCCAGUCUGAGCGUUAGUUUGCGAACACAGCCAAUCAGUUGGGUCAAGGCUUUUGUUGAGGCACAGGGUCAGAUUGCUCUGACAAAUGUGCUUGCUAAGAUCAAUCGAAGGAAGGCCACCGGUGUGGUCCCAGCUCCGCCGACGGGUGACAAGGAUUUGGAUCGUGAAUAUGACAUCGUGAAGUGUCUGAAGGCCUUGAUGAACAAUAAAUAUGGGGCAGACGAUGCUCUCGCACAUCAACAGGUUAUCGUGGCACUCGUGAGCUCAUUGUUGUCUCCCCGAUUGAAUACCCGGAAGCUGGUGAGCGAGGUCCUGACAUUCCUCUGCCAUUGGGCCGAAGGCCAUGGGCACCAGAAGGUCCUCCAAGCUAUGGACCAUGUCAAGAAUCAUCAUGGGGAAACUGGUCGCUUUGAUGCCUGGAUGCGUAUCGUUGAGGUGACCAUUGAUGGCCGAGGAAAAAUGGGCAGCCUGGUCGGUGCAAGCGAAGAAUAUCGCAGCGGUGGUAUUGGUAUGGAGAACCAUCUUAUGGAAUAUGCUGUUUCAACAAUGCUGCUCAUCAAUAUGCUGGUGGAUGCACCGGAGAACGACCUGCAGCUCCGCUGUCAUAUCAGGGCUCAAUUCAUCUCGUGCGGCAUAAAGCGCCUCAUGACCAAGAUGGAAGGGUUUCAGUACGAGGUCAUAGAUAAGCAGAUCGAACGGUUCCGGGAGAAUGAAGCUAUCGACUACGAAGACCUAUUGCAGCGGGAGAGUAGCAGCAUGAAGGACAGCAUUGAGGGCGAGGUCAAGGAUAUGAGUGAUCCCUUGCAAAUCACAGACGCCAUUACCGCUAGGAUACAGGGCACUCGUGCUCAUGAUUACUUCCUCUCGGCCAUGCAGCACAUGCUCCUAAUCCGGGAGAAUUCCGGCGAAGAUGGACUUCGGAUGUACCAGCUGGUCGAUGCUAUGCUUAGCUAUGUCGCUAUGGACCGUAGACUCCCCGAUCUUGAUCUCCGACAAGGGUUAACGUUCACCGUGCAGAGUCUCUUGGACCGCCUUCAUACGGAUUCUGAGGCACGACGGGCUUACGAUGAAUCCCUGGAAGCUCGCCAGAUAGCGGAAGCUGCGCUUGCUGAGCGCGACGAGAUGAAAGCCCAGGUAGAGCUUGGCGCGGAUGGUCUGGUCAAGAAGUUGCAGAAGCAGAUCGAUGAGCAGACAGGUAUCAUUGAGCUGCAACGGAGACGCGAGGAAGUAAUGCAGGCGGAGCUUGCGGAUGUCCAGAGGCUGCGUGCUCAAGAGUUACAGCGGAACGAGCUGGAAACCCGAGAGCUUUACCUGAUGCUUCGAGACGCUCAAGACAUAGCUGCCUCGAAUGCGAAGAAGAGUAACAUGGCGGAAGCGGACCCUUCACAGAUGAGAGGCAUUCUGGACCGAGAGAAGCUCCUGGAGCGAUUGGAGAUGCAGCUCGAGCGGACUAAGACACAAUUCAAGUUGGAAGGUAAGGUCUGGGGUCAGCAUGUCACCUCAGACAGGCUGCGUGAACUUCGAGAGCAGAUGGAUGGCGAAAGCGAUGCAAACAAUGACUUCGCUCAAGAAUCAGGUCAAGGCCUGGAUGUCAACUCCUUCGGAUCGGUUCAUCGGAAGAGAAGCCAUGUACCAGGAAUGGAGCAAAGUGACAGUCCUGAGAUCCAGACGCCUAUCGAUGAGCCCGGAGAGGUCAUAUACGAGAAAGCCCGUCUUGUGGACCUUCAUCGACCCAAGCUCAACCCCAAGCAAGCCAACGGUCUCCUGGGAGAAAUCGCUUCGAAGGUUCCUAAGAUUGAUGCGGAAGACGGCGAAGCAAGUGCUCCGAACAAAGGCGCGCCUGCUUCUGCUCCUGCUCCGCCUCCGCCUCCGCCUCCGCCCCCGCCCCCGCCACCAGGAGGGCUGGGAUUCCCACCGCCACCCCCUCCUCCGCCUCCACCUCCGCCUCCUGGGGCUGUCGGAAUACCCCCUCCACCCCCUCCACCCCCUCCGCCGCCACCCGGAAAAGCCGGAUUCCCCCCGCCUCCUCCUCCUCCUCCGCCGCCCGGUGGGCUUGGAAGACCUGGGCCUCCACCACCCCCUCCCCCCCCAGGUGCUUCCUUCGGCGCUCCUCCUCCUCCCCCACCGCCCGGUGCUGGUGGAUUUGGCGGUUGGCGGGCUAACUACAUGGCUUCUCAAGCCCUCCCCCAUCACCAGACAGCUCUCAUGCCUUCUAUCCGACCCAAGAAGAAACUUAAGGCACUUCACUGGGACAAGGUCGAUACACCUCAAGUGACUGUGUGGGCUUCUCAUGCUCCUACUGCUCAAGCGAAGGAGGAAAAGUACGUCGAAUUAGCGAAGAAGGGAGUCUUGGACGAAGUUGAGAGACUGUUUAUGGCAAAGGAGACCAAGAUCUUCGGCAAGGGUGCAGGAGCCAAACAACGUACUGAUAAGAAACAGCUUAUAUCCAACGAGCUGUCCAAGACUUUCCAAAUCGCUAUGGCGAAAUUCUCUCAGUUCCCUGCUGAUGACGUUGUUCGAAUGAUCAUUCACUGCGACACAGAGAUUCUUGACAAUCUGGUCGUUAUGGAUUUCCUACAAAGAGAUGAGAUGUGCACUAUACCUGAGAAUAUCUCCAAGUCAAUGGCGCCAUACAGUAGGGAUUGGACUGGCCCAGAUGCCGCCAGCGCCGAGCGUGAGCAAGAUCCCACUGAGCUUACGCGAGAAGAUCAGAUUUAUCUGUAUACUGCAUUCGAGUUGCACCAUUACUGGAAGGCGAGAAUGCGUGCUCUUGCAUUGACACGCUCGUAUGAACCGGACUAUGAGCAUAUUUCCGCUAAAUUGCAGCAAGUUGUGCAAGUCAGCGAGUCUCUGAGAGAUUCUGUUUCCCUGAUGAACGUUCUUGGUUUGAUCCUGGACAUUGGUAAUUUCAUGAAUGAUGCCAACAAACAAGCCCAAGGUUUCAAACUGAGCUCCCUCGCCCGCCUUGGUAUGGUCAAGGACGACAAGAACGAGACUACCUUCGCAGAUCUGGUGGAGCGUAUUGUUCGAAAUCAAUAUCCAGAGUGGGAAGGUUUUGUGGAUGAGAUCAAUGGAGUCGUUGCCAUUCAGAAGCUCAAUGUCGACCAACUGCGCACGGACGCCAAGAAGUACAUUGAUAACAUCAAGAAUGUUCAGGCCAGUUUGGACGCUGGCAAUCUCAGUGAUCCCAAAAAGUUCCAUCCCCAGGACAGGGUCAGUCAGAUUGUUCAAAGAAGCAUGAAAGAUGCCCGUCGUAAGGCCGAGCAGAUGCAGCUUUACCUGGAUGAGAUGGUCAAGAGCUACGAUGAUAUCAUGGUAUUCUACGGAGAGGAUAACUCGGAUGAAGGCGCGAGACGGGACUUCUUCGCCAAGCUGGCCACAUUUUUGCUGGAGUGGAGGAAAUCCAAAGAGAAGAACAUCAGUUUGGAGGAAACUCGGAAACGCAUUGAAGCUUCUCUGUCUCGCAAGCGGGUUAAUGCGGGUCUGGCCAACGGCGCCGGUGCAGCCACAGAAGGGCCACAGUCACCAGCCACGAGCGGUGCUAUGGAUUCCUUGUUGGAGAAGCUGCGUGCUGCGGCUCCUCAGGCGAGAGACCAGCGGGAUCGUCGCCGUCGCGCUCGUUUGAAGGAAAGACAUCAGGUCCGCGUGGCUUCGGGACAGAAAACGCCGGAUGCGACUGGUCCGGAAGGCGCAGAAGGCGGGCAGACCGAGGAGAACAGCAGCAAUGAUCAGAGCAAUGCGAAUGCGAACGACUCUAUUCCCACCGACACGGGACUCUUGAGCCCUCCGGUUAUAGAGUCCGAAGCUGCCGAGACCUCCAGCAAAGAUGCUCAACAUGUGUCAGAAAGUGAAGAUGUCGCAGACCGCGCUGCAAGCAUGCUGCAAGGUCUCCGGGACAAUGUUGACGGUGAGCGUCAAAGAAGAAGGCGUGAGACGGCCGAGGAAGAGCGGCGUAAACGCAGGCUGCGCAGACGCAACGGUGCCGCCAGUACUAGCAAAGACAACACCGAUGGCUCGGCGCUAGCAUAUGCGUCUGAACCGCUUUCACCUCCCCGUACGGAGUCGAUAGAGCCGGACGAUGUGAGCGUCUCCAGCCCUCGAGAUGGGGACGACACAAUCCCACGAACACCGUUGACACCGUCUAUUGUGGUAUCUCCCACCGUCGACCAACAGCUACGGUUACCUGGCGAUGAUGAGCCGCGUGAGGGUUCCCCCUCAAACAAAUCCGUGGAGUAGCCCGGCCACUGCCUGUUUCUUCCUGCUCCAUGCCAUUCUUUCUCCCAUUUUCAUCCCCAGUCUAAAACACCCAAUUCCUUCUCCCGUGCAUUUGUCGCGAGAACUCAACGCAUUCCCUCUUUCCUAAUUUAAUGUUUGAUAGACCAACUCAUGCCGUCUCGGAAGAUGCCACUAUGUGUAUAAUUUUCCUACGGCUACACGUCUCUGGCAUGCCUGUCUCCUUUUCCUUCUAUCUCUUCUAAGGGAUUUCAAG